AUGGGCCUCAAGCGCAAGCACUCCUCCGACGACUCGCCGCUCUCCAUGUCCAGCUUCGGCGCCGUCUCCACACCGGAUGCGCAAUCGCCCAUGUCUUUCAUCAAGGGCUAUGACAAGACGAUGGAUACACAUGCACAUGCGACCUCGAGAUCCAAUGGCUGGGACUUCAUAAGCGCGAGUCGAGUCAAGAGCAACGAUUGGGGCAACCGCACACAGAAGCGGGUUCGCGACAACAGACCCGACGAGCAAGCGAUACACAAAAACACGCUGAACAUGCUCUUCGCCGCGCAACGUGAACAUCCAGAGGCCGCGCCCAUCCCGUCCGACGCUCUUCCAACACACCAGCCAUCAACUUUGGCCUCGUCGAAACCACAAAAGUCUACGCUGCAUUCUUUCUGGAAACAGCUACCCGCGCCGCCUGUUCAACCCAUCUUCUCAAUGCCUGUACAGCAGGACCAAGCUUCCUCACAAGUGCCCCGAUGCGAAGACUGCGAUACACCAUUACAUGGUGAGCGAGACGAGAUGGAUUUCAUCACCGUCUCUAUUGUUCUACAUAAAGCUUCCCAGGCUCAAGACAAUGAGUACCUCCGCAGUUUGGUUUGA